ACACGCGAAAGGUGGAAGACGUUCUUCGUCAUCACCGUCAUCGUCCGCAGCGCAGCAUAUAGAGAAAAACGCAAAGUGAAACUUUUUCCUGCCACACUCGCGAGUUCGGUUCGGUUUCAAGUGCUUUUUCGUGAAAUUCCAGUGCCCCGUUCCGUGGCAGCUCAUCAAAAUGUCGAUCACGUCACCCCGGUGGUGUUAGGUGCGGUGUUAUCGAAUGGAAGAAACUUCGGGAAUAGAGCGUGAUCAAGGUGUGAAGAGAAAAUCCCGUAAUAUUUGGUGUUAAACAGGCACGGUUCUCUUGCACUAUCCCACCCGCACCCCGCUGCAUACCGUCGUACCGUUUGUGGGUUCCGCAGAAGAGUGCAACAUUUUAUUAGCUGGCAGCAGCACCCAGCAAGCUGUGUGUGUUGUGUUCAAUUGGUGAAAAUGUAGAAAAACAAUCGCUUCCACUUGGAUUUUCCGGAAGCUGGUGGCGUUAGAAUAAUCCGGAAAAGUCGAAAAAUUGUCGUGAUUUUCCACCUGCACUAGAAAGGCUAUCAAAAUGUUCACCAAAAAGUCCAGCAUCGAUUUGAAGAAAUCGACGGCCAAGAUCCAGGACAGCAAGAAAGAUUCCACCGCUCGGUUGCGACACCUGAAGACCAUCCUCGAACACGUCGACAGCGAAGAGGCGAAGAACCUUUUCGAAGCCAACUACAGCCAUGUGUACUACAUCCUGUACGACACGUUCGUCCAAGCCGAGACUAACCUACGCCAGCGAGAACUGUCGUUCCAUAUCGUUCACAAAACCCAUCGCGAAGAACUGGACGGGUCGCUGUGGUUGCUGAGUAAGAUCCUGACCCUGCUGCCGGAGCUGAUCGCCCGUCGCUGGCAGGUCCACUCGCUGGGUCGCAUCCUAGCCAAACUGCUCCACUAUGGCAACAGUGUCAAGCUGCGCCGGGAGGGUGUCCGAUACUUUCUCCUAUGGUAUCAAGCCCUCGGUGACAAUGCUCCGCCCUUUGUCGACGGAAUGUUCACCGAACUGGUCCCCGGGUUGACCGUUCCCCAGAAAGGCAAAGCAGGCCCUACGCUGUCCGACUCGGAAUACGUUGCCACCAACGAUAUCCUGAACCAUCCUAACAUGAAAGGCGAACUCGGCGGGUCGGUAUUCCACGACACCGGAGCUCAUCCGGUCAAGUCGCCGGAGAUUCAACCGCUGAUCCCUCCCAGCUCCAGCGAACGUACGGCAGCUCCCGACCCGAGGGAUGGUCUGGAAAUCCUACUGGACUGCAUGGUCCAGUCCAGCGGAUGUCUGAAGUGGCGAGACAACAACCCCCAGAAGCACGUCCGCACCCUGAAUUUCCUACUGACCAAGUUCCGGGAACAGUACCUUCCAGUAUUCUGCCCCAACUUCGACUACUCCACUUCGAUCUACGAACCCAAACUGGACCUACCGGCGAUGCGAAACAUCUCCAAGCGAGAAGAAGUGAUGAGUUCAUGCAUCGUAGUCCUGGUCAUCUGGAUCGCCAAGUACACCCACGAAAGGCACGCCAGUUCCAAGCUGGACAACCUGCAAAUCGACGAAGAAGUCGUUGGAGAAAACGCUUCACUCCUGUCCAACCUCCGUCACAUGGGCUACACCCAGACGCAGUUGGUUCGGGACGUUCUGUACUCCAGCCGGGAGACAAUCAACUUCGUACACGAGAUCUACCGGCAGGCAUUCCUGAUGUCCUUUACCUCCAAGAGUCAGAUUGAAGCCAUGCGGAUUGCAAUUUCCGUCUAUCGGGAUUGGAUGAGCACGAUUCCGCCUCCGCCGUUCCUGCUGGAACCGGACACUAGCGAAUCGUCACUCUCCGGAAGCGCGCUGGACGUUCAGCAGCCGGGUGCGAGGCCAACCAGUCAACGGCUCCGGACCGAUUCCUAUCUGGGGGCGAUCUCCAAGGAAAACGUGAUGAUCCGAGCCGGAUUGCAGAACGUCCUGCAAGUGUUCGUAACGAAUGCGGUCAACGUGUUUAUGGUAAACACGGCUCAUUUGAACAUCCAUUUCCAAUCGAAGACCAACAGCGAUGGGUUCGCAACGCCCUUGGACGAGCAGACAGACAUCUGCAAGCGAGUGUUGAACAUCUACCGAACAAUGGUCAUGAAAACGCGGAUGGAGGCGAAAACGUGGGAACAACUACUAUUGGUACUGCUGCAGGUAACUUCCGUCAUCCUUCAGAAUUCCCAGCCGAACGCCAAGAAGAACAAUCUAGGCGGUCGACUUGCUCAACCCAUCUUCCAAACCCUCAUCGUCACCUGGAUCCGCGCCCACACGAACGUCGUCGUAAACCCCGGCCUUUGGGAUAAAUUUCUCAAAGUACUAUCUUCGCUAACUCACCGGGAAGAAUUGAUCGUCGAGUGGGACAAAACCAUGCAAACUCUGACGCGGGUCCUAGCUCGGCAGGUUUACAACAUAAACCUCUCGGAUCUUCCGUUGGAUCGACUGGCCGAACAGAAGGGUAAACGAAAGCGCGGAACGCCUUCCAACUGGACCCAGAACUCGACGAUCAGUCAGGGUGACAAGCCGGACAACAUCAUCGCGCAGUGCAUCAAUAAUGGAAAAUCGUCCGCCGAUGAAGCGGCAGGGGAAGAUGCUAGAGUUCAUGGACCGGGUCACGCGGUUAGAUCCAUCCCGGGAACGCCUUCCCUCAAUCGAAGCUACAGCGAAGGUAGCUUGGCUCCAUUCCGGAAAUCCCGCAAUCGUCGAAGAAUCCGCAAUAAACAUCAAGUGCAGAAUUCGCACCAGCACGUAUCCGCCCUCCCGAUGGCAGUCGAACACUCGUUGAACCGCAUGAUUUCGAACGUUUCCGGCGGAGGGUUAAGUAUCAGCAAUGAGAACCUCGAUCUUUCCAGGUUUUCGCAAUGCGACGAAUCGCUUGUAAUGGGCGUUCCUACUCUGCGGAGAGCUCUGUCCUUGGAUUCGAUCCGACCUUCACCGGGGAAGAACAGGGGAAACGACACCGAUAGCUACAGAUGUGGAUCGCGCAGCCCAUCACCUACGGCAUCUAGCGGAAUUGAAAGUGGCUCAAUCAAGGAUUCACCGAUGCAGAUUGACGUGCUCACUGCUGAUAGCUCCAGUAUCGAUACGCAAGACGAAAACAGUUCUUUAUCGGCUGACAGAAGAUCGAUCCUGGCCGGCGGAACGGCUCGCGGUUGGCUACCGGAUGUUGCGGCGGUUAUGUGGAGAAGAAUGCUCGGUGCUUUGGGCGAUGUCAACAAGAUCCUGAACCCGAAGUUGCAUGCGCAAGUUUUCCAAUACCUGGUUAACAUGACGGAAAGCUUGAUAAAAAUCCGGAUGAAUCAAGGAAUCUCACCGGAUGGCCAACCGAUUCCUAUGCCGUUGAAUCUCGUUCCGCCAAUCGCUCUGGUAGCUCCCUGGUGCUACGGAGCACUUACACUAGAUGGCCAAUACAGUCAGGGGAAGCUCUACGCUAUGCAGUUGCUUUGCACGAUCGUCAAAAGUGGAGCUUCGCUAGGAAAUAACCAACUUCCGUUGUUCUAUCACGCUCUUCAUCAAGCCCUCUCCGGAGAGGAUCGUGCAAUGGCAUACACCGCGCUAAGAUAUCUCGGUGGACCUAGAUUCCUUAGUUUGCUCCUUCCCGGCCACAGUCUCCUGCUUCUUGAUUUAGUACAUGCCUCAACCAUUGUCCUGACAUCUUCCGAAACUGGAUCACAUGCUCCCAGAGCACACGUUGCUGGUCUUCUCGGUUCCCUUCUCUGUUUUCCCAAAACCUCCCUGCCCGGGCCGGUCCUACAACCUUCCGAACCCAAUAUCGACCUUAUGGAAUGUCCGGAUCUCCAGGAGCACGUUCUGAACAUAGUGCUCCGCUGUGCUCGUCGUGAACCCACAGCCAAAGCACGAUCAAUCGCCAUUUCAUCUCUCGGUCAGUGGGUCCUUCAAAACCUCACCAAUCCGUCCGCCUCACAACCGCAAGCAGCCACUGCCGAGCCUACUUUCAAGCAGCGCAUCCCUCUGCACCAUUCCAGCGCAGCUUCCCAUUGCGUUCGCGAAGAGCUGCCCAUCAAUCCACGUAUCCGCGAAGCCUUUCAAGUGAUCCUGCAAGCACUUCAGUUCAAACACCGAACCAUAGCACGACUCGCGUCGGACACUCUGAAGCUUUGCGCCGAACAGGGUCAUCGAAUCGAACGAAUAGAUCGUCUGCCCCAGCUCAUCAUCGACACCAUCUGUCUGUCUCUCGAAAUCCAGAACGUUCCUCACCCCAAAGAAUCCGACAAAACCGUACUGACAUCGUUGCUCCUGACGCUCGGCGAAUUCUGCAUGUCCUUCUCGGUGGAAACCCUUCAACGACCGAAGAGUUCCGAAUCUGACGAAGCGCUGAUCCAGGUGGUGUUCAAAGUCCUGCACAAGAUCGCUAUGGGCAUCCACAACGGUGAACGGAUCAAGCUGUUCACGACGGACGAAGACUUCGAUAUGACCAUUACCGUAGACGACGUACGGGAGCAGAGCUCACCGAUGGAACCCACUUACCAGACGUCCGAGUCGAUCGCCAACUGCCAAUCGGCGAUUCGGCUCUGUGCCAAAACCGUGGCAAUGCAUUUAAUCACCAAUUUGGGUCACUUCCCAAUGGGCAUCGGAGCAACCAGACUCAGUUCACUGGUUGAUGAACAGGACGAUUUGACAGGCGGCAGUACGACUACGCUGCAGCGAGAGAACUCCGUUGUGAGUAAUCGCGAUUCUUUGGAGUUGGGAGCCUCUCAAGUGUUGGUUUCGCCAAAUUUGCAACUGCUGAUGCUGAGUCCGGAGCUAGUGGCCAGCUUUAUUGAGUUAUCUGCGCUCAAAUUACCUGGAGGCGGAGCCACCGCUGGGCUUAUCACCGCAAACAGACAGGUUCGAUUGUUGCUCCGAGAUUUGAAUGGUAAAGCAUGUUGGGAUGCAUCGAUCUUGUACAAAGAGCCAAGUCCAACGGGCGAAGAUACCAGCAGACAGCUGAAAGACAAUUCGCCAUCUGAUGAAAAGCAUAACUCUACAUUCCAAUUCCGAAGUGGUGGCAACGGAUCGUCGCGGAUGUUCGCCGGUGCUGCCGCUUCCCUUGAUCCCAUGAUGUCUACCGUGGGCCUUCCGAUGGCUCCUCUGCGACAUACUCUCAGACAUCGACCUGUUCAUCAGUUACCCGUCGCCAAGGACUUGGCUCCCGACUUGGACCAACUGGACGACCUUCUGCAAUACAUCGGCUAUACGAGUCCCGAGUGUCUGGACGUAAAUGGUUCCUUAUUGAAUACGGCUGGUCCGUCACCUCUGGGUCCCCCCCUGGAAGCACAAACUAUUUCCAUAAUCCUGAAUCAACGAGCUAUCGAAACCGAGUACAUCGCUCGGCAAAAUGCUGCGGUUGGUAAUUUCGGAGAAUCUCCGGCCUACAGCUUCGGUGGUUCCGUCGGUUACACGUCCUUCAUUGAUGACAAUGCUCCGCCGGCUGCUGUGGGAUCCAGCGGAACACUUGUGACCAACAGGUUCAACGCUUUCCAGUCCGGAAGCGACCGAACAGGCACGUCAACCGGCGGCAGCUCCCAUCUCGAUACGAAACCAUUCCAGUUCGGGCGGAUCCUGUUCAGUCAACUUGGCUUGGCCGGCUGGGAACGUCGGAAGCGAACGCAUCUGCUGCAGCGUACUGAUAAGCUGCUUCGGGAGCUACGCAAUUUGGACAACCAAAAAUGUCGCGAAACGCACAAAAUGGCUGUGAUCUACGUCGCCAACGGACAGGAGGAUAAGAACAGUAUUCUGCGCAAUUCCUGCGGUAGUAGUACUUAUGAGAUGUUUGUCUCGGCUCUGGGCUGGGAAGUGGAACUGGAGUCACACAAUGGGUUCCUGGGUGGACUACCGCGGCAGGGUUGUGGUCAAACGGCUCCGUACUAUGCGACGCCCUUCCUGGAGGUGAUCUUUCACGUAUCGACCCGGAUGCCAACUGAUACUCCGGAGACAAUUUUAAACAAGACCCGGCACUUGGGCAAUGACGAGGUGCAUAUUGUUUGGAGUGAGCAUAACCGAGACUACCGGAGGGACAUCCUGCCGACGGAGUUCUGUGAUGUGCUGAUCGUGAUCUAUCCGUUGAAGAGCGGUCUGUUCAGGGUGACGGUCAGCAAGAAGCCGGAUGUUUCGUGGUUUGGCCCGCUGUCCGACGAGGUGGUAGUAGGAGGAUCGUGCCUAGCCAGCUUGGUGCGGGCUUCGGCGAUCAACGCGAGCCGUGCGAAGAGGACCGCGCUGUCACUGUAUCAGCAGUAUUAUGAGGAGCGUAACCGCUCUCUGGAAACGGUAGCGGGGCGUCACAAGGAGAACAACACCUUCGAGGACUUUACGGCGAGGAUAUUCAGUCCGAUACCAUCGCAGGGCACGGUUACCGGCGGGAUGAUCAUCGGUGGUGGAUCGACGACUGGUAGCGCUCCGCUGGCGGCGGCUCUUAUCGAUCAUCACAGCCGGACGAUGUCGAAGACUUGGAUCCACCACCCGGAAAUGGUAGCCACGGCCCGCGAGGUCACCCAGCAAACGGUCAUGGCAUCCAGCGGCAGCUCACUGGAUCAGCCUUCGCCACGUCCAUUGCGAAAACUCCACCACACGUUCAAACCGACCACCACGAAGCAACCCAAGGUGACGGCCGUUACGACGGGGCCCACCGUUGGUGCCGGUGGUUUGCCGCCUCUUGGACUUCACCACUAUCCUUCUACGCCUCCGGACAGCCCCACCCUACCCGGUCGCACCAAGUUCAAAUGAGACUGGUGGUAGCUCCUGGCCAGUACCAGUAGCAGCGAGGAAGACCUGUACAGUCCGGACAGUUCGGAUCACCAGCGGCAGCAGCAGCAACAGCAGCACCAUCCCCACCACCAUCAGUAUCAACCGGUGCGGGGCGCCAUGGAAAAGGUGGGUAUUUCCGGCUGCUUCUGCGGCAAGUGAAUCGCGCGCAUUGUAGCUUUAAACACAGAAAGGAAAUCAAAAAUCAAGUAUCAAAACUAAACACACGAUUGUGAGAUGAAUGCGUCCAUUUAAUUUUACUAUUAUUACCUUUAGUUCUUUACUAUUUAACAUUAUUGAAACUGAUUUUUUUUUGUCCCGUUUAUGUUUGAUUUUAUGACCCAUCUUUUAAGUUUCGUUGUAUUUAAUUUAACCUAUAUAUUUGACGCGUUACAAAGAGAAGUUUAUAUACCUAACAUCCUUUUGGUUAGAUGGUAGCUAGCUUAAAGGGGAAACACAAUAUUCUACGAAUAAAGUUCUUGCACACUCCAAAAUAAUAAAAAAAAGUACUCCACUUUGAAAAGUAUUGUAGAGGUUAUGUAAUGUGUAUAAGGUUAAGCCGGAAUUUUGAUGAUCGAAGGGCGGCGGAUUCACCCUUUUUCCGUCCCGGAUUGUAUUCGACGUAUUUAUUGCUUGAGGCAACUGUUUUCCGUUCUUUUUCCCUCCCUCUGAUCGUUAUUUAUUAAUACAAUUUAACAAGUGAAUGCAACAAAAGCCCACAAACUGACGUUAAACCUUUUCUAAUUGAAGUAAAUUUAACAUAAUUAAAACACGUAAUUUAGGGUUAUUAAUAUAUAUGAAAAAAAGAAAACUUAUUUAAUUGAAAAUGAAACAAAGAAACGGUGACUGGAAGAUUUACAGCUGUUUAGUAGUAGGUAUGAGUAUUUUUUGAUAGAAAUCUUUGACACGGAAGUACGAGCUCGAAUGGAGGGUUAUUUAAGUAGCCACGUUAUGACAAAACAGGAAGGACAGAAGAACUGCAAGUGUUUUUUGCUUUCGUUUUUAGCCCCUCCUCCCCCUGGCGCUGAUAGAGGAACAGCAGCAGCUAAAAUUCCCUGAGUUAUAUUUUACAGACUAAUCGCGUUCGAUGAGAAAAAAAAACUGUUCGAUAAUUUAUUAACAUUCAGAAGAGAAGCAAAGAAAAAACAUUAACUUAAUAAAGAAGCAAGUGAUUAUGCUGCUAAAUCAAAUGA